AUGUCUCUUCAGCAGACUACCCCUUACAUUGUCGACGGCAAGGGCCACCUUCUCGGUCGCCUCGCCUCGAUCAUUGCCAAGCAGAUCCUCUCUGGCCAGAAGGUGACCGUUGUGCGUGCUGAGCUCGUCAACGUUUCGGGCAACUUCUUCCGGAACAAGCUCAAGUACCUUGCCUUCAUGCACAAGCGUCACCUGGUGAACCCGAAGAAGAACGGUCCCUUCCACCACCGCGCUCCUUCGCGCAUCCUCCACCGCGCCAUCCGCGGUAUGGUUCCCCACAAGACCGCCCGCGGUGCCGCUGCGAUGCAGCGCCUCAAGAUCUACGAGGGUGUUCCUCCCCCGUACGACCGCAAGAAGAAGCUCGUCAUCCCCGACGCGCUCCGUGUGCUCCGCCUGAAGCCCGGUCGCAAGUACGCCACCCUUAACCGUAUCUCGAGCGAGGUCGGCUGGAAGUACGGUGAGGUGGUCGACAAGCUCGAGGCCAAGCGCGUGGUCAAGCAGCAGGCCUUCCACGACCGCAAGGUCGCCGCUACCAAGCGCCGCGCUGCCGCUGCCACUGCCGCUGCCAGCCAGCUGGAGCCCAUCAACAAGCAGCUCGAGCAGUUCGGGUACUAA